UCUGUUUAUCCCUUAGUUCGUCAUUCUCAGCUUCCAGAAAUGUUAGCUUUGGAUGAGGGUAUCCAUUUGAGUGACCUUGAGACCAGUUUGUCUUUAAGUGACUAAUUUAGGGCUCCUGAGGUUUCUUCUUUGCCGAGGCCUUUCAAGGCUCUCGAUAUAGUUUGUACACUUAAGGAUAAGGAUGUAAUUAGGAUUAGGGACAAAUUUUAGUUACCUUCUUAUGUACAUAUUAGGAUUCCCGCUAAGACGGAAAGGGCAUGCUCGUCCUUCCCUGAAGAAGUAUGCUUCUACGAGGCUGUCUUUUCUAGUGGGUUACAUUUCCCUAUUCAUCCAUUCAUUAGCAAGCUUAUGCUUUUUCUAAACAUAUCCCCUGCUUAACUCGUCCCUAACUUGUAGAGGACGGUUAUUUGUUGCAUGGUCUUAUGGCUCUCUGCCAAUGAUGACGAUAUUAUUUGAGUGGAUGAGUUUCUCCAUUUGUAUCAUCUGAGGCCGUCCACGCACCUUGGUUAUUGGGAGUUCAAGCCUUGGGAUGUGAAAUCUAGGCUGGUCUUUGAUUCUCCCUCUUCUCUCUGUAAGUGGAAAAAGAGCUUUUUCUUUGUUUCUGGUACGUCUUUUUCUUUUCUUUUCCUCUUUAUUUUUUUACUGAUAAGUAUUGAUCUUCUUUGUUUCACAUGGCAAUGAAUACACGACCCCAUUUGAAGAAGCGGUAUCGUGGUUGUUUGGAGAAGGUUAGGGAAUUUGUUAACGGUGUAGCUUAUUUCGAUGAGCUGAUAUCUCCUAAUUCCCUUUGUUUGCACUUCCUUGGUCCUAAGCCAUCUACACAUGUGUUGAAACGUCUAGAGACAAACAAGAAGAGUAAGCUUACUUCUCAUUUAUGACAUUUCCUCUUGUAUGUUGACUUGUCUUUUCCUUGUAGAAAUGGCUACUCGCUUUAGCAAGAAGUAGCUGGCUGAGAUGAAGGAGAAGAUGGUCAAAAGUAUUCCUGAGGAGGGAGGAUUCAUUUCAAAGAGACAUCGUCUUGAAAAAAAGGUGAAGGACGAGGUUAUUAAGAAUCCUGAGGGGGGGUACUACAACCUGCUAUCCCUUUGUCUCCUCAUCCACACUCCCCUUCAUCGUCUCUCGAGGUUCUUCCUUCUGGUGGUGGAUUAAAGAGGAAGUUAGUUAGGGAUUUUUGGGCAGAUGCAAAUUUUUUCUGUGGGCAAAGCUCAUGAGGUCAUCUCUAUUGAAGACCUGACGCCCUUGACGUCUAAACCUUCUAACAAACUAAUGUCUUCCCACAUUCAUAGAGUUAUGCAGGUGCUUGGGGAAUCUCUAUACCUUUCUAGGAAGUACUUGGAUUAUAAGGAGAAGUAUGUCUUGGCACAGUCAAAGGUGGAGUCUGUUUCCUUCAAGAAUGCCUCUCUGGCGGAGCAAGUGACAAAGCUUACUGCUGAUCUGGUUAAGGCUCAGGAUUGUCUAUCUGUGCUAGAGAAGGAUUUGAAGACAGAGAAGACCUUUUGUGCUCUCAAGGAUAAGCAGUUGGAGGCGGCUCUUGGCAAGAUUGAGGAAGCUCAAACCCAAGCUAUGACAAAUUUUAAGAAUUCAGAUGAGUAUGAUGACAAGUUGUGUGCUCUUUACGUGGAAGGCUUUGAUCUCGUCCGUUUUUCACAUCACCUUGAGAUUGAUUUGUCCACCUUGGACAUUGAAAAGUUUGAAAUAGAAAUUGUUGCUGACCAGGCUGUGACGGCUCAAACAAAUGAUGUGGUUGAUAAAGAGGCCGAGGCUCCUAUUGACAACCCUGUUGGCCCUGUUAAUCCUGUUGACUUUGUUCAACAUACUUUUUCUUGAUAUGUAAGUGGGCCCUUAUGUUUUGGGGCAACGUUAUAAACACUUGGUUUAUUUUUGGGCCCGCAUGUUUUGGGCAAAGAACAAUGCUUUAGUAUUGCUUGUUUUUUUUUUUUUACAUUGUGUGUGAACAAUUCUUUCUUUAUAUCAAAUGUGCUUGUCAUCAUAUAUUUGAUGAUA